GCCCCGGCCCUUGCCGCGCCUCUGCCGGCCAUCCAGACCCUGGUGCAGCCGGGCGCGCCUGGCCCCGGCCUUCCACCCUCAGCCGUGCCCAGAGCAGAGCCCGGCCGCCCGCUAAGAUGGCAGCCGCCGCCGGGCCUCCCAGCCCCAUGCAGUCGCUGCGGGAAGAGGCCGUGUGCGCCAUCUGCCUGGAUUACUUUAAGGACCCGGUGUCCAUCGGCUGCGGGCACAACUUCUGCCGGGGGUGUGUGACCCAGCUGUGGGGCAAGGAAGACGAUCGGGAGCGCCAACAGCCGGCCCCGGAGGACCGCGUCGUCCGAGAGGCCCUGUACCCCAGGCAGGUGCACGGGGACGCCUUCCAGCCCCUGGCCCGAGCCCCCGUCCUGCCCUGGCUUGGGCACAGCCACAGGAGGCUUCGUGCAGGCUCCACGUGGGACGACGACGGCGACGAUGACGACGAAGGCUUGGCCGGCAACAUAGAGGGCUUGGUGCAAGACUUGAGAAUUAGGGUUUUCCCCGAAGACCGGGAGGGACACCUUCACAGCGGCCACCUGUACCACCAGCGCGGCCGCCACAUCUUCCAGCGCGGCCCCCCACAUCCGCCUGGGCGUCGGCAGCUCUAUCCAGAUGCCCGCCUACGCUCUCCUCUACCUCGCCCUCGCUCCGCCCCGCAGGUCUUCAGCUGCCCCCAGUGCCGAAGGACUUUUCCAAGUCGCAGUUUUCGCCCCAAUUUGCAGCUGGCCAACAUGGUCCACAUAAUUCGCCAGAUUUGCCAUACUCCGUGAAUCCGAGCAGAGCGUGUGCUCCAGACAUGAGGGAGCCCCGAAGCUCUUCUGCGAGGCAGAGAAAAAAGUGUAGUGAGUCCGGAUUCCAGGCUGCACAAAAGUCACAGUGUGGUGUCCCUGAAUGAAGUACUUCAGGAAUACAAGGAGCACCCGAACCCUCCCUCCCCCAGGAACCUGUAGUACCUUGUGCUGCUCCCAGUUUUGGGGAGAAAUUAAGGAAUUCUAAAUGUCAUCUUUGGUUCAGUCUUAAAUCAGAUUGGAAUUCGGUAUGUAGCUAGAGAAGAAUGCUCAUUCGCCUAACAUGCACCCCUCUCUUCAGUUUUUUUUGAAUUAAUGACUAUCAGACUUCAGUUUUAGGAGACACUACUUCCUCCUUUGUUUCCGUUAGCUGAGAAUUUACUUAUGGGAAUGAGGACAACUGCUUUGCUUAGCUUCAAAAUUAGGCUUUCAAAACUGAGUACAUUUUCAUGAGCUUGGUAUUUACUACUUCAAGUGUUUUUGAGCCAGUUAUUAACUGGUUUGGAGCUAUACUCUGUAGGAGGCUGUCAAUAGUACUGUAGUAGUGCCGUCCUUUAGAUUUUUGGCAAAGUUGAAAUGUAAUAAAGCAAUGCUGCGCUAUCAAUGUC